AACGGCUUGGGUAUACUGCAACCAUCUGGUCACGCUGCAUCAGCAGCACGUGUAGUUCGUUUUUUUGGCACAACAUUUGCUGUUAUUUAGUUUAAGUGUCGAAGAAAACGCAGCAAAGAUGGUUAGCUUGGAGCCGAAAGGACCUGCUAACGUGGCCAACACGGCCUCGCCCCUCAAGGCCAAUAAAUCGCCCGGCAAGCCCGCCAAUGGACAGAAGUUCAAGCCCGGUGGAGCAGGAGGCGCCAAGAAGUUCGACAAAUUCGGCGGUGGAGCAGGCAAGAAGUUCGCAAAGCCAGGCGCUGGUGGUGCCAAGAAGUUCGACAAGUCUGGGCCCGGUGGCUUCAAGAAGUUUGACAAAUCCGGAGCAACCGGCGACAAGAGGCUUGGUGGCAACAAGUUCGCCGAGGGCAACAAGUUCCGCGGAAAACCACAAACACAGCCACAGGCGCCGGCAGAGGGCGAGAAACAGGACUGGAACAAGUUCAAGAAGGAGAAGAAGGACCUCAAGCUGAAGCGCAAGAGUGCCAAGGACACCUACGAGAUCAGCAAGGAGGCCAACCAGAUCCACGAGAAGCUGCGAUGCCGCCGAACGGAGAACAAGGACAAGCUGGUGGAGCAGAUAUACAAGGUGCUCAACGUGGGCGACACCAUUUCGAAGGUGGUGAAGGCCCACGACACCGCCCGCGUGAUCCAGAGCAUGCUAAAGUACGCAUCGCCAGCUCUGCGGGCCGAGAUCUCCGAGAAGCUGCUCCCCUUCACCGUGGACAUGUGCCAGUCGAAGUACGCCCAGUUCUGCGUGCAACGGAUGCUCAAGUACGGUGCGCCGGCCACCAAAGCCAAGCUGGUGGACAGCCUGUACGGACAUAUAGUGCGUUUGGCCGGACACAGCAUCGGCAGUGGGCUGCUGGACACGAUGUAUCAGAGCGCCACACCUAAUCAACGCAUCUUUAUGCGCCAGGAGUUCUACGGCGACCUGUACCGGAAGGCCAAGGAUUCGAAUGUGAAGACUCUGAGCGACACCUAUAAGGAUGCCACGAACAUGAAGGCCUCCAUCUUGGGGUCGGUUAAAGCAAACCUGGAUCAUGUGGCCAACAAGCAGCUGGUGGACAGUGCGCUGGUGCACGCCGUGAUGCUGGAGUACCUGCGCGCCUGCGACGAGGAUGAGGAGAAGCUGGAGGAGACGGUCACUGCGUUUGCGGCUCUAGUGCCUCACAUGCUGUCCACCAAGGAGGGCAGCGAGGCGGGUGUUAUAUGCUUCUACAAGUCGACGCCCAAGAACCGCAGAGCCAUCAUUAAGAACAUCAAGGAGCACCUGCUCAAGAUCGCCACCCACGAGCACGGCCACGUGUUCCUCAUCUCGCUGCUAAACGCACUGGACGACACCAAGGCGACCAAGAAGGCGAUUUACGAUCACCUACACGGAGAUCUAAAGGCGCUAAUGAGCAGUCCGUACGGCCGACGAGUGAUUCAAUGGCUGGUGGCUCCGGGCGAUACGACAUGCUUCCAUCCAGAGUUCAUUCGCACGGUGGAGGAGGGUCUAGCCUUUGGAAAAAAGGAGAAGGAGCUGCGUCGCAAGGAGAUCCUUGAGCAGAUAGAGGCGCCGAUCGCACAGUCCAUUGCCGAGGAUGCCGCCUUUUGGCUGUCCAACAGCCACAUCGGCCUGGUCACCGGCGACAUUCUUAAUCACAUUCAAGGCGAGUCCUAUGAGAAGGCUGCUUCGGCCCUUGCCCAAGUCGUCGCCCAACCGGAGUGGCGCAUUUCAGCAGACGCCGCCGGUCCGCAGCCGCAGGAUAAGAAGAAGCCACACAAUGACGUGGAGGCCAUUAUAGCCCAGGCUACCAAACAGCGCAGAAAACUGCUUAAUUUCGACAGCAGCAGCGGCGACGAAGAUGAAGAUGAGGAAAGCGACGAUGAAGAAGACGAGAAGGAGCAGAAGGAGGCGCCCGAAGAUGAUGCCGAACCCAAGGUGAAGAAAGCCAAAAAGGAGCCCAAAAAGCCAAAGGCAAAGGAGGAGGAGCCGUCGGCUCCGUUGGUCUCCGGAAUCGAGGAGGCCGGCAUGCACAUUGUAUUGAAGAAGAUACUCAAGAACGAUGGCAAGCGAGAGGGCAACCCGUUCAGCCAGCAGCUGCUCCAAAACUUGUCCUCCGGUGUGCUGAAAGCCUGGCUGGGCGUCAACCGGGCCUGUUUCGUCCUGCUCAAGCUGGUGGAGGAGUGUCCCGCACUGCUGGAGGACUGCAAGAAAGCCGUCGCGGCGGAGAGGAGCCUUAGCCAGAUACUCGCGGACCGCAAGACGCCCGGAGCCAAGCUACUGGCCGCCAAACUGGACAUUGGCAAAUGAGAAACGCUUCUAGCCUAGACAAGACCUAACAUUAUAAAAUACAAUAAAUAAUUCUACAUUGAAA